AUGACCACCUCUCUCUCCACCCCCACCAUUUCCUCUUCCCACAAGUACAGCGUGAUCCUGCCCACCUACAACGAGCGCAAAAACCUUCCCGUCAUCGUUUUUUUGCUCGCCAAGACGUUUUCUGCAGCGGCAUUGAGAUGGGAAGUGAUCAUUGUGGAUGAUGGAUCGCCUGAUGGGACUUUGGAAGUGGCCAAACAAUUGCAGCGAGUGUAUGGAGAGGAGCAGAUUGUGCUCAGACCUCGAGCUGGUAAAUUGGGUUUGGGAACGGCUUAUGUUCACGGACUGGAUUCUUGCACUGGCGAUUUCGUCAUCAUCAUGGAUGCGGAUUUCUCUCAUCAUCCCAAAUUCUUGCCCGACAUGAUUCGACUUCAAAAGGAAAGGGAUCUGGACAUUGUGCAAGGCACGAGAUACUCUGGACCGGCUACGGGUGCUGGAGUGUAUGGAUGGAACUUGAAGAGAAAGUUGGUCAGCAGGGGCGCCAACUUGCUCGCCACUUUUGUCUUGGGACCCAGAACGACGGAUGUGACUGGAAGCUUUAGGCUUUACAAGAGACCAGUCAUAGAGAGGCUCAUUAGGGAAGUGACGAGCAAAGGAUACGUUUUUCAAAUGGAGAUUCUGGUCAGGGCUAGAGCGGCAGGUUACUCCAUCGGCGAAGCGCCAAUCACCUUCGUCGAUCGCGUGUACGGAGAGAGCAAAUUGGGAGGAGACGAGAUUGUGCAGUAUGCAAGAGGUGUUUGGAACUUGUUCGUCAACAUCUGA